AUGGCCGGAAACGCCGGAAUGUCCGGGUUAAUCAACUCAUUCGAAUUACUACAAAGCGAAGACCAAAAAGAAGAAGCCCAAAACUACGAGGGUCAAGUUAUGAAGGAAAUCGUGCGCAUCAAUAACGAAUAUCAUUCGAUCUGGGACCGGAUCAAUUACGGGCAGGAGCCGCUCGCCAUAUUUAACGAAAUCGCAAUACGAACUCAGCUCUUAGCUAAACUACAAUCGAAAUCGCUGCCUAGCUUACGCCGUCACGUUCUCGCGCUUUCGAGAAUUCUGCUUCUUCGCCGAUCAGAUCCGCCACUUGAUAAUCAGCCAAUGCCUCUCGUUUACAAAUGGAAAUUGAUGUUAAAAGUUUUAUUAAAACUGGAGAGCACCUUACGAGACGUUAAAUUUGCGAUCGCAUGUAUCAGUCCAGCUCUAGAUAGCAAAGAAAUGAGAGAUGAUAAAGAUUUCAAGCAGUUGAAGUUCUUCAGAUCUUCUCGUUUAGCAUUAAGAACGUACGCGGCAACCGGAAAAGUUGGUGCAUUUCUUCAAAAUUCUUAUAGAUUCAUCUAUGAAUCCGGACAACAUUGUUAUGAAGACCCUUCGAGGAGACAUGAGAUCGAGACGAUGGCAAUUGCGUGCUCGGAAUCAAUCAACUGGACGCUCAUCUACAUCAGCAAAUCCGAAGUGAAUGUUUUCCAAGACGCUUGGGAAGGAGCUAUCGAAUCGAUAAGCGAUUCGCUGGGGAACGCCCGUCCUGUGAAUGAUACGUCCGAUACGCCGCCGCAAGCCGAUCAUAUUCGACUCUCGCAUACGCCAUUAUCAAUAAUAUCGGUCAUAAAGCUCUCGAGAAUAUUUGUGGCAAAGCUACUGAAGAUUUCGACUGACAAAGAAAACUUAACGAUGGUAAGCGAUCUGAGUUCAAGAGAGAUCGACAUGUUCGGCAGAACGACCCAGGCAAUUUCAGAAAGCAUUGCGAGACUUGUAAAUGCUCUGCGCGCAGCCAACCCGGACGACCAAGUUGAUGAUUCUGAGAUCAUGACGAAAUCGAUUUCCGAUCUGCUCGGUGCUCCUAGAGUUAUCUUACUACUCCUCCAGCAUAUCUUUCGUCCUGUUCAUCCCGAUCGGCUUUGGUACAAAAUUCAUCUCAAGGCUUGGUUCUAUCAGUGGAAUAAACUGCAUCGCUUGGCCACUCAGCAAUUCCUCGACGAUAUCACUAUGUCCUAA